GUACAGUAAGCUGUCAAGAGCUUGUUGCUCAAAGCUGUGUAAUGUCACAAAGUGAUGGCCGUAGCAAAAUGACGUCGCGGUAGUUUUUCCGAAACACUCAAGCUACCGUUUCGCUCACCGUCCAGCGGUUGUCGAGCGCUCGUCUCGGGUUUGCUCCGACUCGCCGCGUCCGAGCCGUGUGGCCCCGGUGUGGAGCCCCCUCCCGCGGCACCCCCGACCCCUCCCACCGGCCCCGCGGGCAGCGGUUCAUCCGCGGCGAUGAGCUCUCCAAUAUAAGUGCCUUUAAGAAGAAAUCCUCAGCUUGAAGUUGGAGGAAAGCUUAUUUUUCCUCUGGGGCCAGAAACAACAUCUGGGGCCGUUAUUUUGCACACCAUCAAAGCAGGUUGAUGGUAUAAAAAAAGCAUCUGGUCUCGCAUAGUUCCCAAAGAAAAUCCAGCGAGAGCUCGUGUAUGACGGAUGGGCACUCUCCAAGCCCCGCGACCUUCCUUGUGAUCCCUCUUACUCUGGCUCAUGGAGGACUCAUCAACUUGUUUUAGGAGAGGACUGUGAUCGGCCUUCCGCUUGCUGCACCUCGAUUGUCUUAUAAAAACCAGUUUAUGAUCGAAAACCUUUGGACAUGGCGUCGGGGAGAGACACAAAAUGGCUGACCCUGGAAGUGUGUCGCCAGUUUCAGCGAGGAAACUGUUCACGCAGCGAUGAGGAGUGCAAAUUUGCCCACCCGCCAAAGAGCUGCCAAGUGGAAAACGGGAGGGUCAUCGCCUGCUUCGACUCGCUAAAAGGUCGAUGUUCGAGAGAGAACUGCAAGUACCUUCAUCCGCCUUCGCACUUAAAGACCCAGUUGGAAAUAAACGGGCGCAACAAUCUCAUUCAGCAGAAGACGGCAGCUGCAGUGCUCGCCCAGCAGAUGCAGAUUAUGAUCCCGACAGCCAGCCUGCAGUCGGUGGGUCUUGGCGCUAACACCAGUCUCGGCUACGGGUCCUACUUGACACCCCUGAGCCACGGGAUGGGCCUGCUUCCCACAGACAUCCUCCCGAGCAGCCAGGUUCUGGUUUCAGGGAGCCCACCUGUCACGGUUCAGAGCUCACCUUCUUCUUCCUCCUCUUCGCCCUCUCAGAAGCUCCAGCGCACUGACAAGCUGGAGGUGUGUCGGGAGUUCCAGCGGGGGACCUGUGCCCGGGGGGAGACCGACUGUCGCUUCGCCCAUCCCAGCGACAGCCCCAUGAUCGACACCGUCGACAACACGGUCACCGUUUGCAUGGACUACAUCAAGAGCCGCUGCAGCCGCGACAAGUGCAAGUAUUUUCACCCGCCUGCGCACUUGCAGGCCAAAAUUAAGUCCGGUCAACAUCAGACAGCCAUGGCGGCCCAGGCCACAGCUGCAGCCGUGACUCAGUCGACUGCCAAAGCAAUGAAGCGACCCCUCGAGGCAACUGUAGACCUGGGCUUUCCGCACAGCAUCCUGCAACCGCUACCAAAGAGAGCAGCUCUGGAGAAGAGCAACUGGGCCAGCUCCCUGCUCAGCCCCAGUUUGUUGCACUACCAGCAGGCUUUGGCCAACGCGCAGCUGCAGCAGCCCACGGCUGCGUUUUACCCCGCAGGGUCUGUUUUGUGUAUGACGCCUGCAAAUAGCGUCGUCCCCAUGAUGUACAGUGCUACGCCUGCUAGUGUCGCUGCAGCAACUUCUCCCGCCACAAGUGUCCCCUACGCAGCAACAGCGCCAGCCAAUCAGAUCAUUCUCAAGUAACCCCCAGAAACGGGACUCAGUGGCGCAAAGAUCCAGAGCAGCCCGUGUGUACAUACCGCGUUCACGGCACACGUCAUCCGCAGCGAGCUGCAUGCUGAUCGAGCAUCAGUGGAGUAACAUCGCCGCAUACAGUACGGUAUCCCGUUAAGGAUUGUACGCGUCACACCACACGACCCUAUGCAUGGACGUGUACAUGCAUUCGCGACUGUAAAUCAUCCGCGUUGUAUUCCUUCCCGACGCAACUGGGGAAAAAGUUAACACAAGAUAGUCAGAACCAUAUAAACAGCAAUGUACUGAAAGAUUCUAACAGAUAGAAAACGUUAGCUGAUAUUGUAACGAUGUAAAUAGUCACGUCGGAUGUGUGUACGUCAUGGCGGUGCCCAAUGUAUCGGGGUCACAGCCAUGUUAGAGAUUGUUCACUUUCCAUGAAUGCAUUGUUUCUUUGUAACGGUAACGAUUGUUCAACCUAGUGCCAGAUUCAAAUUAUUUUAUUAGCGACUAGCGAAAAAGCACUUAUUUUAAAUUAUAUCGAGACGGCCCUGAGUGUACAGGCUUUUACCCACAGUGAGCAGUGCUCCUCCACCUGGUGUGCCUUUGCAUUGCAUCGAAAGUCUGUUAGCCAGUGUCGACCCGAUCAAAUGUCAUUCACCAUCACCCUCACCCCCCCAAAAAAAAUAACAAUAUUUGAAUGAUGGGUCAGAAUUAUUGGCAUUUUCCAUAAGCGUUAGUUUAUUCAAUGUACAGUAUAUUCAAACUGAAGCGUGAUCUACGAGGACUGAACCGUUAUUGUAACCGCUCGGUCUUAUUUGAAUGUUACAAGUGCCUAAAGAGUUGUCAUAUUUAAGCGGCUUCGAACGACAUUGUCCUGUAUUUAAAAAUAAAAAAGAAAGAAAAAUCUGAUCUAGAAAGACGUGAGCGCGUCUUAAAUGCAUUGUGAAGACUUUUAUGAGUAUUUAUGUUCCCCUCAUUAAGAAUUAUUACCUGCGCUCUUAUUUUAUUUCGUAUUUAAGACGACUGUAGUCCCGCCGCGUUUCCUUUUCAACAACGUUUCUUAGAUAGUUGAAUGUGCCACUGAUUUAGAAGAAUUUCAAAGGAUGUAAAGUGUGGUUUAUUUCGACAAAAUGGAGGAUGUUCUAUUAAAUAUGGCGAUACAUUUUUAUUCCGGGUUUCGGGUUUUACAGACUUAACGGGUUCACGAGGGAUGGGCAUUUAACUGUCUUUUCGUUCAUCAACCAUCAGGAAAAUUAACAUUUGAUUAGUUAAUUAAUAUUUCUGACGAUUCUAAUCUCCUGUUUCCAUGGCAAUGUCGAAUUGAGCAGAGGGAUGCAAUACCGUACUUGACGCCUGUGUGGCCCGGAUCAACUUGUCAUAGAUGACGCCUGUGUGGAGUUUGCAUGUUUUCCGAGCACUCCGGUUUCCUCCCACAUCCCAAAAACAGGCGACAUUAAUUGGACACUCUAAAUUCCCCCAUAGAUGGGAUUCUGAAAUUGCCCCAAGGUGUGAUUCUGAGUGCAACUGUCUCCAUGUGCCCUGCGAUUGGCUGGCAACCAGUUCAGGGUGUACCCCGCCUCCUGCCAUUGACAGCUGGGAUAGGCUCCAGCACUCCCUGUGAUCUUUGUGAGGAUAAGCAGCUAAGAAAAUGGAUGGAUGGAUGUUAAAAAUAAUGGUUCACGUAUCCUCCUUAAAAGAUGAUCCCGAAAGAUAUUUUCUACGCUCAACUCCUCAAAACGCUGUCAGGGCCAGCAAUCGUAAAUCUAAAAGCAGUCCAAUAUUCACAAACAAAAAUCAUUAUCUGUGUGGGCGGAGACUCAUAAGUGUCGGUCGAGAUAUUAUGUGUGCACUGUGGUGUGUUUUUCCAACUCGAGGACUCCACACAUGAUAAGAGCAAUAAGGAGUGUUUUUUUUUUUCCCCUCGUCGUAGGCGGUGGAGUCGCACGUUUUAAUAAUCCGUUGGCACGGACAAAAAUCGGUCGGCAUGUACUCCGCUUGAGACAGCACUUCAUUUUGUCUCAAACGCUUCAAGACCCGAUUAAAAAGGUUAAUUACACACAAUUCUUGAUCAUUUAAUUGAUUCAUAUGCCCAUCCUUGGUGUCCAGUGUUUUUUAAUUAUUUUUUUUUUACAUGACUACGUUUGAUCAAUUCAGACAAUCGAUUAAGAUGUUCUAUUAUUUCCUCACCACGAUGUAAUUUUUGUUCCGAAUUCUUAGACUUUAAUGCUAAUGUAUGAACUGUAAUUCCGGCCCUACAAACCGUGACUUUCUUCAAACGUUUUCAACCCUGCAGUUUAUGGAGUGAUGCGGCGCUAGCAUUUGCGGACCUGGUUAUAAGCCUCGGUACACAGAAGCGCUAGCACCAUGCUAACGCAAGCGCUGCGCUAAUGCUAGCGCCAUGCUAACGCUUGCGCCCCGCUAAUGCUAGCCCUGUGCUAACGCUAGUGCCACGCUAGCCUUAAACUUUUUCUGUGUACCGAGGCUUAUAACCAGGUGCACUCCGUAGGCCGGUAAUUACGGUACAUGUAACAUUAACAGCGAGAACAUGCCAGAACUUAUUUUUUUCCAGGGUUGUAUGUAUGUAAGGGGUGGGAUGUAACCUCUUACAAGAUGACUUUUGUUGAGAUUCCUAUAAAAAAAAAAAAAAAAUUAAAAAACAUAAGGAGUGAUUUCAUUCGCCUCCCACAAGUUGUCAUUUGUUGUUCAGAGUCUCGGGAGAAAAAGACGAUAGAAUUGUUUGCGUAACAAAGUGCAUUGCGCGUCCCAGUGUAAUAACCGUUCACCUUUGAAGUCGUCACAAACUUAAGGAUGUCCGUCGUCGCUGUGAUUGUACCGUUACGUACUUCAUCUUACAGUAGAAGCAUCCAGUGCAUCGUAACACUUUUGGCUACGUUGGUGUGAAUUUUAAGUCGACAUACGGCAGCAAAACCUAAUCCAGUUAUUGAAUCCAUCAAAACAAAACUGCAACCUUUAGAUUGAGGACAUCUUGUGUGAAACAAUUUAUUUCGAGCACUUACACAGCAGUCAUGAUAACGGAAAUGUUGCUAUUUUUGAUUGUGAUUGUUGCCUUAUUAUUAUUAUUAUUAUUGAUCGACACCUAUGUUUGCAUUUAAUUCCAUUCUGCUUGUCGAAAGAGAAGACGCACAACUCUGGGAAAUGAUGUCCGACGGCGGCUAAAAACGUCACACGGCCCUUAGGAAUGCUUUAUAAUGAUGUCGUACUGCUAUAAAUGGUUGCAUUAAUAUUGAUUUGAUCCAUCAGUGGGCCUAACUUUAAACUUGUCCUCAUUUUCUCAUAUGAUAGUGAAGCUUAUUUUACAGUGUAUAAUUAUCCGUUUCAUGUGAAUAGUGAUUUCUAAAGUCUAUUAAAAAAAUAUAAUAUUGUCAAUAAACACUGUCAAUUAAAGGCAAUUUUGUCUUCUGCUGUUUAUUUUAUUUUAUUUUACAAUGUAUUUGUGUCAUACCUAAAAAUUUUUACAUUUUUAAACAUUGUAAAUUAAUUGUUGUCACACCCAGGUCGACAUAUGUACUCAAACUCACAAUUGUAACAGAAGUAACACGUUUAAAUGUAGUAAAAUGUGGGUUUUUUUAAAUAUUUUAAACCUUAAGUUUACUUAUUACAUUUGAACACUAUGAAAAGACACUUUUCAUUCACUAUCGAUCAUGACCCAGCAUUUUCACAAGAUUUUUUUUUGUGCUUUUUUUCUUUGGUGUAUAUGCACAAUUCUGACGAUUAUAUAUAUAUAUAUAUAUAUAUGUAUAUAUUACAUUUCAUGUUCAAGCACGAUGUCAAUACAUCCUGUAAUGGUGAAAUGUGAUUAAUAAAGACGACCAUUCUCAAAUUUG